GGGGUCAAGGAAACGGAAGCCGGGCGGUUAUUACAUGGCUAUGUGCACUGCAGCUAAUUGUUGUACAAAAACCGUCGUUGCUUCUGAUAUAAGUAGAGGACCAACGGAUAUCACCACCGUCUGUCAUGUCGUACUGUGAGCAAGAGGGUAAAGAUUGCAUCAUCUUCGUUACCAAGGAAGACCAUGAAGCACCUAGCAACGCUGAGCUCAUUGCAGAUGACCCCAAUGACCCCUACGAAGACCAGGGCCUGAUUCUGCCUAGUGGGGAGAUCAACUGGAACUGUCCAUGCCUGGGAGGGAUGGCUAGCGGGCCCUGUGGCACACAGUUCAAGGAGGCCUUCUCCUGCUUCCACUACAGCAAUGAGGAGGUGAAAGGUUCAGAGUGUAUCGACAACUUCCGCGCUAUGCAGGAGUGUAUGCAGAAGUACCCCGAGCUCUACCCACAGGAGGACGAGAACGAGGGAGUCGCCGCGGGAGGGGCUGAUGCUACAGCCCCUGCGCCUGCUGAGGACUCUGCCCCCGCUGAGGACUCUGCCCCCGUUGAUUCUACUGCACCUGAGCCCGCAGAGGACUCGUCCCCAGCACCAGUGGCGUCUAGUGACUCUACCCUGUCCUCCCCAACACCUGAGUCUGCCCCGUCAUUCGACAAUACACCACCCACAGACAGCCAGGCUGCCAGCUAAAAUCACCCACCUUCCACCAUCCCCCGGUCUCUCCCUGAAACCACUGCCGUGCACAGACCACUCUCUGGGGAGAUCAGCUCUGUCAACUGAUGCCUCAGACCUGUUUUCUUGGUUCAACAUUCAUCACGAGGGAGAAUUACUUUUAAAGGGGGCCUAGAACUGCAGAGGAGUUAAGUCUCCUACAGGGAAUAUGCUGUAAGAGGAGGACGACAAUACAAAAGAAAUACACAUCUUUUUAUUAUGCUUUUUUUAUCCAGUGGUUGUUGAGCUCCUGAGGUUCCUACAGUGGUGAGUUUGUAGAGGAGGACUUGUUCGCUGAAGGGGACUUUAGUUAAAGGAUUCUCAUCCAAAACAAUUUAGCUGCUUAUUAUCAAGCUUCAAAUCAGAUAAUUUGUGCCAUUCUAUGUUAAUUCUACACUGGAGGUGUGUAACCUACUGUCAAUGUUACUGGUCAGACUAGUUUGUGAUCACUUGACUUAAUGUUAGGCUUGGGCGGCAUACCAUAUACCAGGGUAUUUGGAAAUAGUCGUGAUGUUUUUUUCAAUACUGUUAAUAGCAUUGAACAUUUAAACUAUUUAUUUGACGAUUUUCAAUACAGUUUAAUAUUUGUUGCUACCUUGUAAGUAAAUACCCACAGUCAACUUGUGCAAUACAUUUGGAGAUAAAUCAGAUUA